CUCCAUGAAGCCUACAAAGUGGGGUAUCAAGGUGUGGGUAAUGGCUGAGAGCGCCACUGGAUAUGUGACCAACUUCCAGGUCUAUGCUGGUCGUGAAGGGUCAGGAGAGAAGGGCCUGGCACAUCGUGUGGUUAUGGAUUUAGCCAGACCAUAUUACGGCUCUCACCUGUCCAUCUACAUGGACAAUUUUUACACCGGGGUAGGUCUCUUGGAGGAGAUGAGGACCCAUGGCCUGUAUGCUUGUGGCACUGUUCGUGCCAACCGGAGGGGACUCCCAAAGAGUGAGCUGCUUCGAAAGAAAGCCUCACUCAACAAGCACGAAUACAGGGUCGCUCAGAUGGACGACCUCACAUUUUGUAUUUGGCAAGACACAAAGACGGUCAUGGUGUUGUCCAACCACCAUGACCCAACUGAGACGGGGACCGUAAACAGGAGAAAGGAUGGAGCCAACCGCGUCCCGGUGGUAGUGCCAGCUUGCCUAGCAGACUACCAAAAGUACAUGAAAGGCGUCGAUCUGCUGGAUCAGAUGGUUGGCUACUACGGGUUCCAACAUAGAUCGAAGAAGUGGUGGAGGAGGGUCUUCUUCUUUCUCCUGUCCGUGUCCUGCCACAAUGCCUACAUAGCUGCGAGGUCUGUUGGAGGAACAGCCUUCAGAACCAGAUACAAAGGAUUCAAGAACUGGAUGGAGGACCUGGCAGAGCAGCUCAUCUCACCACUGAGAACAAGGGCUGUUCCUGUGACUCCUCCUCCUUUUCAUCCUCCUCCUGCUUCUCCAUCUUCUCCUUUUUCUCCUCCUCCUGCUUCUCCAUCUUCUCCUUUUUCUCCUCCUCCUGCUUCUCCAUCUUCUCCUUCCUCUCCAAUUGCUGGACUAUCAGGAAGAAGAUUCUUCUCUCCUUCUCCAUCUCCUCCUGUUUCCCCAUCUCCAUCUGCAGGAAGAAGAUUCUUCCCUCCUUCUCCAUCCCCUCCUCCGCCUUCAUCUCCAUCUCCAGCUGGAGGAGACACACCUACUCCACAGCAUGACUUUGGUAAAAUUUAUGAUAAAAGAAAACAGUGCAGGGAGUGUCAGCUUGUCCCUGACGAUGAAAAGGAAGGUGGGCCAACUGUUUACGGUUGCAAACAGUGCAACCUGCCACUGCACAUGGAAUGCUUUGGCAAGCACUACCGCCGGUACCUGUGAGGCAGACUGUUUACAGUUUUAGUCCCAGUCUGUUCCCCUUCCCAUGUUUGUUAUUAUAUACUUUAUUACUUUCUUAUAUACUUAUUUCACUUUUUUAUACUUUAUUUUUUUUUCUGUUUUGUGCUGUUCCUGCACUUUUACAUAUGUUUUUGUUGUUAUUAUAUAUAUGUUACAUAUGUUAUUUACUUUUCUACCUGUGUGUAAAUAUUGUAAAUAUUUGUAAGUAAAAACUCAAUUUUCCCAUGAAAGCCACAAGU